AUUCGCCCGCUCCUUUUGCUGCUGACUGCCAGGAUGGCUUCAACCACGACCACAACAGCGGCCACAGCUAGUCUCCUCCCCAUAGCCCCUGCGCUCUCUCCCUCUCAAUGUAACCCGAAAGCCAAGCGAAAACGUGAGCCAGAACCUGCCGCAUCCGGCUCAAUCGCUCGCAAGCCUCGAGACGGUUCAAAGAAGAAAAAAGCUGCAAGAGCAUGCAACCAAUGUCAAAAGGCACACCUGACCUGCAAUGAUUCGAGGCCUUGUGAUCGAUGUAUAAAGCGCGGUAUCGCAGCAAAUUGCACCGAAGGGCACCGAAAGAAGGCCAAAUAUUUACUCGAUGACGAUGAACUGGAGCAAUUAAAACGAAAUAAAACUCAAGCACCCACUCCUGCAAGCGCAUGCACAGCCGCCCUAAAACCUAUCACCCGCCCUCCGACGCCCCCACCGGACAACUUAGUUCCCGAAAGCCCUGCAUUCGACGUCCCAUUUGACACCAAUUUUCCCUUUGGUUCCGAAGCUGCAAAUCUGGAGUACUCCAUCCUUUCCGCUAUUCUAGGUAAUCCGAGUCCUCCUCAAGGUUCCCAGACACCUCCAUCGUCCUCGUUCUCGACAUGGCCAUCGACAGACAGUUUUCCUUACCAAUCUCCUCGACUGUCGACGUCAUAUACAGAUAGCUUGCAGCAACCGCCAGCACCGAUGCCCCAACUGAACUAUACUUACCCAACGCGCGUUGUUGAAAAUGCCGCUCCAGCGCAACCUGAGACGCAAACAAACAAGCAAGCAAAGGCUGAUGGCCCCCCGCAUCCACUACAACCCCGCUACCCACUCGAAAACCGUCCUCGAUCGCCCCCUUUACCCAUUUUUCUCGACGAGGCUCAUGGACUUCUCUCGCCACCCCAAUCGAACCCUUCUCCAAGUCUCUCGUCGGCCAAUACGUCAGACAUAAACUUUUUUGGAUUUAAUGACCUCAAAGGGCGGCCGGCGUCAAAGUUGCAAAGCAUCAAUGACCGGGUCGUCAAGCCUUAUGACUACACGGAAGGUUACCAUUUCCUAAUGAAGCAUCUUCCCACUCGGUUCGAAAAGAACGACAUCUUGCGUAUUGUACGGGCAUUAGCGAUAUUCCGACCCUCUCUUAUUGCCCUUCAAAUGCCAUUAUCACUCGAUGACGAAAUCUUUGUUGAGAAGUGUUUCCAGAGGACUUUACUUGAACUCGACAAACUUAUUUCGUUCAGUGGGACCCCAACAGUAGUGUGGAGGCGUACAGGGGAGAUUUGUUUGGUCGCCCCCGAAUUUUGUAUGUUGACGGAAUGGACCAUGGAAGAACUAUUAGGCCAGAAGAAAUACAUCUAUGAGCUUUUUGAAAACCAGUCCGUGGUAGAGUAUUGGGAGAACUUCGCCUCACAUGCAUUUGAGAACACGACGCAGUCUGUUUAUUCGCAUUGCGUGUUGCUCAAACCUAAUGGUGCACCUGUCCCCGCCACCUUCUGUUUCUCUAUACGCAGGGAUCUUUUCGAUCUUCCAAGUGUGGUUAUAGGACAAUGGUUACCUCUCCUAUGACCAGCCUAUGACCUUUUCUCCUAUGACCUUGAAAAAACAUCAUCCAUGACCAUAUUCAACUCUCCAUUUUUCUCUAUUCGCAUUUAUGUUUAUCUCAAAGUUAAUCGAACCCGGCCGGGAUCAGGACCGCCCUUUUAUAUACGUCGUUUUCUAGAGAUUGCUCUCAACGCUUCGAACCGUUUUGUUUUUCGAUCUCGAAGUUCCCGACACUUCAUUCUAUGGAAUCAGCAUUGUGGUUGAUUCCGACUCCGCACAGUUAAAUUUAUUGGCAUUACUUAUAGUGCCAUUGCGCAUACAUCAUUUGUAUUAUCGACUGCAUGAUCCUGUAGUACUACCUAGUUUCCUCUAUUUAAAUGC